AUGUCUUUCACCAGCAAUGCUUUGAGUGCUACUUUUCAAGUACCUAAACUAGCAAAGGAUGGUUUGCACUGGAUUACAUACAAGACAAGAGUCACUACUGCUGUCGGAGCAAAAGGACUGUCUAGAUUUCUACUAGGAUCUGCCAGGAAGCCACCUGUCAAAAAUUACAAGUACGACUCGGCAGGUGUAGCUAAACUGGAUAAUGGAACAGUAAUAACUGAAAAGCAAAUAGAUGAUUAUGAGGCUAAAGUGGACAAAUAUGCCCAAAAGGAGUGCCCCGUCACACAACAACUAUACUCAACCAUACAUGACGAGACCUUAAUCCAGAUACAGGACAGGAGCUCGGCAGCUGCAAUAUGGGACACUCUGACCAAAAUGCACGAAGGCAAGUCAGAAAUGAUGCAAGUGGAUAUCCAAUGA